AUGGAAGAGCUAGGUAAGAUGGCCAAACAUUAUCUUUUACUCAGGCCUUCAGAAGAUACUGGUGAAAGAGAAGAAGUGAUAAAACAAAACUUUGAACUGUUUAUCACUUCUUUCGGAUUCAAGGGUGAUUCAUAUCAGCAAUUCAUUGCAAACUGUGGUCUUUUCGCUACUCCAAAUCCAGAAGAAAACUACAAAUUCUUUGAAAAAGCCUUUCCUGUCAUCAAAGCAUCAACAACAUCAAGACCAACCGAUAGUGAUGGCGUAGUCAGUCUCUUCGCCUCAGCUCUUGAAGGAAUCGAUUGGAGCGACAGCAAAACAAAAGCAAAAAUCUUAUUCAUUACGAAAAUUGUCAUCUCUGACUUUGCAGCCGAACUUUUCAGAAAUGUAGACGAAUUACCUGAGAGUUCUAUUAAUUUUUUUGUAGAUUCAAUUAUAAAUUCGAUCGAAGCGGCAGAUGAAAUCUCAAACUUCCUAAUUAAGAUGGAAAUAGCCAAAUCUUUCUCGGCUGCCAUUCAUUUUUUGUCAUCCAGAAAUCCAAUCUACACAUUUCAACUUCUGGUUGAAUAUUACCGAAAAUGCCAGAACAUUGAGCAGAAAAAGAUUUUCUUCCUACUCACAUCUUCACUGACGACUCCCGAAGAAAUAGAUGCUACUUUUACAAGUAUUUUUAGUGAAUUUAUCGGUGAUUUUCAAUCUUGCGACGCCGGAAAUCAAGUCAUAUUCAAAGACUUCCUUCUCAACCUUUCAUUGCAAACCCUCGUUACAGAUCAGGUUUUAGUUACGAAUUCGGUUUACAAAUCUCUUUAUAAUUACGUAAAGAACAACGCCACGAGCUCUGAGACACUCUGCGCUCUUUUCGCUGGCCUUACAAACUUCUUCGAUAUUGAUUCCGAUCUCAUUCCAGUCGAGAACUUCUACAAUCAGUACAUUUCGAAACAUCUUAACGAUAUUUCAAGGGUUUGCUACGAAUUGACUGUAAAACUACGCGGUGCCAAUUACGAACCAGAGGUUAUGCGCUUACGAUUCCACGACAACUUCGAUUGGGAGCCAUCUUUAGACGAUGACGAAAAAUUCUUCCAAACAAUCGGCCAAUGGAUUGUCGAAAACAACUCCUUAUUCAAACCCGAAACCACCUACGUCGAUAUCUUCCUUGAACAACUCGCUUUUACGAAUCUUGAAUUAUUUUCUCAGAUAAUCAUGCCAAAGUUCACCGACAAAUCGAUUUUUGACAAACCAUUCCUUCCAUUCUUCCACGCCAUGGACGUAAUUAUCCCAACUUUCGAGUCACAUAAUCAGAACUACGAAUAUCUCCUUAAUGUCAAGCGAGAUAUGCUUACAUUUGUCACCAAAACUAUGAUGGAGCUCAGUCUCGAUCCAACGAUCAACAUGUUCAUGUGCAACGUCGCAUCAUUUACAGCAACCUUAUCACAAUCGGGCGAAGACAAAGAAAACGUGCUUCCUCGUAUGUUAAAGACCUUGCGCCAGACAUCUUUCCCACUUCCGAACACGAUGAACUCACAUUCGAGCUCAAAUCGCGUCAUCAAAGAAUUAAUCCAACAAAUUGACAAGUCAUCAGCACCAUUAUACACAGAAGAUGACGUAGACACAGAGACAGAUGACAAAUUCCAAAGUGUCUCUGAAAAAAUCCCUCUAGAAGAAGAAUUAUUGUUGAGUUCACUUUACAUUGAACCAGAUUCAGAACUUGCACGUUAUUUGUGUCAAAUGGUCUUUUCACAAUCCUCCUAUACAUUGGCAUUAGCUAAUAGAGUUCUUCAAGCCCUUGUCCAUCGUAUUCCUUCGUUUGCAGAACACGCUGUUCGCCAUCUCUGCAAUUUCUUCAUUGACAAGAAAAUGUCAUUUAAUGCCAUCAUCAAUGUCAUCUCAACUUUGAUGCACGUUCUCGAAGCCGCCAACAAAGAAAACGUUGCAUUCAGUAAGGAUACAUUGAAUUCCGUCAAUUACAUCGCUAUCAUUGGUUUGUGCGUACCUGUUAGAUCGUUAAGAGCACAAAUCUUCAAAAUGUGCAGUAUAAUGUCUAUCGAAAAGAAGACACUUUUCUAUUUCCAGGAAUUCAUUAAUACUUACGGUGAUAGAAUAAGUCAGAGAGCAAUUACUGCAGCGAUUAAAACGGUUUCUAACAAAAGUGAAACAGAAUUGAAUGGUUUACCUCAUGUAAAGUUUAUUGAUGUAGCCAAUUCUAACUAUUCACUUUUAUACGUGUAUUACAUUGCAUCAUUAGGAUAUUACUUGGCACAAGAGUCCGGCCAAAUUCAUCCUGAUUUUACAUCGUCACUUUUAGUGAUGUAUAAAAUUUUAACAUCUAUUUUGAUGCAAGUAAAUACAAAGAAGAAUGAUGUUACAUAUCUUGCGAACUGCACAGCGAUGCUUGUAUCAAUACAUGAUAUAACAGGAAACCUUCCUUCUCCGAUGAUUUAUUUCGAUAACCACAGAAUUCAAUCAAUUUGUCACUCAAUGGUUGAAAUCAUUGUUCAAAACAAAAAUCCAUCGUUACUCAAUGCAGUCUUUUCUUCAUUGAGUUGCUCACUUCUUGCACCUGUUACUCCUCUUUUAGGUCAGCCAAUUUGGGAAUUACAACACUCUUUAAUCAUGUGUUUAAGUGAUGCUUUCCAACGCCAAAAUUUGAAUGUUUUGAAUGAUGACGGUUCUGUAAAAGUGACAAUUUACACUGCAUUACAUUCCGCAUUGAUUACUAUCAUAAGGAGAGGCAUUAUUUCAUCGACAUGCAAUGCAAAAUUGAAGAUGGAAUUGAAGACAAAUGAUUUAGUCUUCUUGAACAAUUUCGGAAAUGCUUUGAAAUAUGUUUUUGACAAAAUUUUUGAUUACCACAAACAAAAGAUCAAAAUGGGUCUUUUAGAGUCACCUACAUUCCUCAAAUCAGCAUGUGGACAUUUGUUUGAUGGUGCUAAAUGGUUCACAUUCUUCUUCAACAUAUCAGCAAUUGCGAUGCCAUCAUUAAUUUCCGCUUUUUCAAGUUGGUUGAGAAUUUCAAAGAUCCCUGUCAAUUUAUAUAAUGCAUUCAUAAAAAAACUCAGUGAUUUCUCAAAACACGACAUUACAAUUGCCUCCUACUUCUUUGCUCAUGAUCCUUCCAAACUAAUCAAGAUGUGCAUGCAUGACGCGAGAUUUAGUUUCCCUAUUUUCGCAGGUAUGGCUUUGCAAUUAGAAGUUCCAAAUGAUUUGAUCUCUAAUUUGGACCAACUCAACAAAUCCAUACUAGAAAGUACAGGAAAACCAGAGACAGAACUCAUCAAAUUGUACUACUCAAACAUUGGUAGAUUGUUCGCUUUGUGUUUCGCUUAUUUAACAUCCCAAAUGACCUGUGAACGCCAAAGCGCUUUGAAUUUCAUCGAAAGACUCGCUUUAGUAUCAGCUUUCAUCAGAAAAGAAGCACAGAGUUGCGUGAUUGUCCUCAAAGCAAUCAAAGAUAUAAGAAAGAGAAUGAUGACUUCUUUCUCUAUUUUCAUACAAAACGAUAUCUAUCAACUUUCACAGUUAAUUGCAACACAUUUUGAGUUUUGCAAUGAACAAUUCAUCAAAGAAUCAAUCUCCAUUGUGUUGAAACCAAAGGAUUCUUCAAGUAUACACUCGAGAAACUCCUUAGAUAGAGAUUCUGCAUCAAGAUCAAGUGAGCGAAAGUCUUCUACAUCAAGAAGAAUUUCUAAAACAUCAUCAAUGCAACGCGGAAUUUCAAUUUUCGGCACGAACAUGGAUGAAGCACUUAAGAAAUUAACAAGUGCUGGACACCAACAAUUGGAUUACAUUGAUUUCAACCAUGAAGAAGUCAUCAUUUCCUUCAUUCCUCGUUGGUUGACAUCAUUCCAUUAUAAUCUUGAAACAGAAGGAAUCUGUUUGAAGUGCGAACCAGAGUUUAGAGCGAUAACAAAACAUAGAUUCAUUGAAGAACUGUUGAUUAUGUGCAAUAGAUUCGGAUUAAUUCCUGCUAUUGCUAUCAUUAUCAAUGGUAUAAUUGAUAGAAACAUCAAUUUCUUCAUUUACACGCUCUGCAACUUGCAACAGACGAAUUCUCAAUACAAAUCAAGUGCUAUGAUAUUCCUUAUUUAUAUCUAUAACAUCAAGCCUGAUUUGUUCAUUGAAAACAUCAUGAAAUACUUGAUGUCGUCUGCUUGGUUCUUCUAUAAAAUACAAAUCCAAGGAAAGUUAAACUCAGAGAAUUUCCUCAACGAAAAUCCUGAAGAAGAAGUUAAAAACUCUGAGGCAGAUUACGCUUCAAUCAUUACUUUCAUCUUGGAAUUGAUCAUCGAAUGUUAUUCAGAAGAUUCUGAACCUCUUGAGAAAGUUAAGCCGCAUUUAAUCGCUUUUUGUGAUAUAAUAUUAAGUACUUAUUCAGCGGAAGGUGAUGACAACUCCAUGAUUGAUGAAAACCUCGCGAAACUCAUGGAUAAAAUCAUUUUCAAGAUGUUAGAUAUUUACGCGGAAAAAGCGAAAACACUUCAAGUUAUCGGUCCUUACAUCAAGAGAUGUCCACGAGAAUUCAUCUUGGAAUGGGGCUUAUGUUGUGGUUGGUUACCUGCUGCAACACGCGCUCUUCAAUUGUUUAAUUACCUCCAUUUCCAAAUCGAAUCUUCUGAGAUUCCUUUGUUAUUGAGAGCAAUUCAAUGCGUCUCAAAUAUCUUGAACGAAAGAACUGAUCCAUCAAAGAUUUCUCAGUUCAACAAACAUUGGGAAUCACAAAUAACAAUGUCCAAACGUCAAAUCGACGUAAAACCAGCGAUUAACUACAUUGUUGCUUGUUUAGAAUGUUUGUUUGGUUUCGUUACAAACACAAGAUGUUAUCCAACAGAAAUCUUCAGUACAGCUGUUGCUUUGAUGAAAUGUUGCACUCCUGAUCAAGCAGCGAUUUACGCUUUGUCUGUAAGAAUUGUUGGUGUCUACAUCAGACAAUUGAAAGAUCCACAAGUCCUUAAAGAUGCCGUAGGAGAUGGAAUUCUUCCUCUUUUCUUCCUUUGUUCUGAAGCAUCAACUGUUUUGUUGGAUGAAAUUUCAACUGUCAUCAAAACAUUGAUCAAAGCAAACUAUUUCGACAUUUUACUCAAACACGAAAUGUCUCCAAUCAUAUCAAUGUUUGUUUUGAUUCCUUCUCUGUGGGGUGCAGCUUCUGACUCUGUUUUGAUCUCCAUUUUGUCCGAAGUUUUCCAGCAAAGAUUCGGAGGAGAUGGAAAAUACAUUGUUCAAGGCGUUUUGAGUGGAAGAAGUCGCAACCUAAAUAAUAUCAAACACUUCUGCCAGAAGUAUUGCCCACAAAUGCCAAAAGACUUCAUAUUACAGAUCCUCCAUUUGUAUGUACAAUUCGCUAGACAUGGAUCUCAUGAACAACAAGAAGCUGUAAUUGUUGUUACAAACGAAAUCAAGAAUUUCGCAUCGAUGAGUGAAGCUCAAAAAGACGUUGCAGCCAUUGCAGAAAUAGCUGUGAAGAACCAGUCUUCUCAGAACGCAGAAGGUGUCUUAGCUUUCAUCAGAGAAUUAGUUAAACUUAAUUUCCAAGUUCAAGCCGGUCCUCCACAAAUUGCAUCGAAAAUGGUGUCGCAAUUCCCUGUUGUCGAUGUUUUCUCGAAUGAUGACAUAUUAAACUGGAAACCAUUGGCGGAAGACUCUUUCUUGGAUACUGUAAAUGUUCCUCCUUUGUUUGUUUACGACGAAAGACUCGUUGGCGCUGUUUUCCUCGAAAAAGAAUUCAAUGUUGUCAAACAAGUCAAAGAAAUCCAUUUCACUCAAUUAAGUGAUAAAUACAAGACUGCUUUGACACAAAAUCCUAAUACAAAGGAGAUGGGAGAGAUAGUAAUUGACGACAUCAUUCCUUUCAUCAAGGAAAUGAAGAAAUUCGAAUCUUUGACAAACAUCAAAGUUGUCAAAGAUGCUUCGUAUUGGUUCAAGGAACAACCUUUGGAUACUUCUGUCAAAGCAAACGUUUUCUUCCCUGGACACCCAGAUCUUCAAGAAAUCUGCAAAUUCGAGAUGCAGGGUUUGGAAAUUCCUUUCAAACUUCAUUGA